AUGACAAAGAUUCCCAACGUCUAUGUGUCCACCCCGUUUGUACGCGACGUGCACCAUCGGAUUGUGAUGGACAGCUUGGAUGGGCGGAAUACGCGUUGCGAGGUGUACAGGUCGGAAUACGUCGGUUCUGCAAAAGCGCCUCUCCCGCGUAACGACUGCCCUGAGCCGUCGAUGAGUCUCUGGAAGCGUCUACGUCGUUUACGACGGCGUGAAUACCGACAAAACAUUGUCGUUUGA